CUGCCGGGGUGACGAGUCCGAGAAGCAGUAACCAGCGACGGGACCCAGCUGCUCUUUGAAGAGAAUAAAAAAAAAAACCCUACUUCUCAUCGCCUCAUCGCCGGAUAAGUCACUCGCCCUGGGGUUGGAUUAACUUAAGAACCACUCUUUUUUUAGUUUUUUCUUUUUUGCUUUAAAUUUGCUUUAGAAGACACAACAGCCCACCGAAAAGACAAUGGGAUCCCACGCAUCCAAAGGAGAGGUGGCCGCUGAGGCAAACGCUGCUGCCGCCGAUGCUGCAGCUGUCAAGACCAACGGACAGGAGAAUGGACACGUGAAAACCAAUGGAGAUGUCUCCGAAAAGCCCGAUGGGGAUGCCGCUGCCACCAACGGCUCAGCCGAGGCAGCCAAGGAGCCUGAAGCCAGCGCAGGAGGCGACACUAUUGAGCCGGCGCCUGCUGCGGAUGGAGAGGCUGCCAAAGCUGAAGGCGAGUCUGCAGCUAAGGAGACCCCCAAGAAGAAGAAGAAGAAGUUCUCCCUGAAGAAGUCAUUCAUCUUAAAACUCAAUCUGAAGAAGAGCAAGAAGAGUGAGGCUGUCAAAGAGGAAGUGGCCGCCGCCGCCGACCCCCCCUCUGAGGAGAAGCCCGCCGAGAACGGAGCUGCAGCUCCUGCAGAGGAGAAGAAGGAGGAGGUGAAAGAGGAGGCUGCUGCUGCGGCCGAGACCCCUAAGGUGGAGGAGGCCCCGGCUAAAGAGGAGGCCCCCAAGGAGGAGGACAAGGAGGCAGCUGCUCCGGCCCCUGAGGCCACAAAACCAACAGAGGAGAGCAGCUCGACCCCCGCUCCCUCUGAAAAGAAAGAGUGAUUGUACCUUUAGCUCCCAAUGAACUGGGUGAACUGUUUUUCAAGAGAGAGAGAGAGAAAAUUUAAGAGUAUAUAUAUAUAUAUUUAUAUAUAUAUGUGUAUAUGUAUACAUAUGUAUAUGGAUAUAUGUAUAUGUAAAUAUAUACACAUGUAUGUGAGAGACUCCUUCGACGUGCCACUUUUCGUCAUGAUAACGAGACGACAGACUAGAUUCACUAGAUCACUUCCCUGGUUACUGCUCGACAUCUGGACCUGGACUGAGUUUGAGGCUUUGUGUUGGUCAAAAAGUGGAAAAUGGAUUGUAGUGGCUAGAGCGCGAGCUAAUAACAAAAUGAGGUACAGAAAGGAUGAUGGAGAAGGAUGGAGCUGAAGCAUCUUUUCCCUACAAAUCUACAGAUAAAGAUGCCUCCUUGCUGAAGCAAUGACGCUAGAUGAGAUACUAGGACUUCACCACCACUUGAAAUGACUGUUAAAUAGAGGGGAAAAAAUGAAAUCUGAAAAAUGAAGAGACUUGCCAACUUUUUACAUUCCUAUAUUUUAACCCAAAUUUGAAGUAUUUUGUGGUGUAUUAUAGAGAUCCAUCUUAAAGAUUCAGAAAAGCUAUGUCUUGUUUGUUUAAAGAAAAAAAAAUAGACAAUUUUGAUUUUUACCUUACUAUGAAAAAAGAACACUUAAGCUUGCUAUGUUCACUGUUGCGGUUUGAUAUGAAGCAGAGUUGUUUAUCUGUCGUGUGUGAGCCUGAAUCUGCUUUGUCUCUGUAAAUACAUUGGAUUGAUUUCUGUUCUUUAUUUUGCUAAUGUUGACAGAUGUGACUGGUUUUAUUGUAAAGUUGAUAAUGGUAAAUAAAUGUUGGU